ACUCGCGAAUAUUCCGCUCAUGCCUUCCUCCUCUCCGCAUAUCCUCUCCCCUUCCCUUUCCCCUCUAUUUCACCACCCCCAUUCGCUCCGCCGCAACCACAAUCCCUCGAUCCGCAUCGCCAUUGGAGAUCGACCGAGAAUCAAUCCGAUUGUUUGCUCCCGCGCGGGAUGAAGUUCGGCAAGAGCCUGAGCAGCCAGAUCGUGGAGACGCUGCCGGAGUGGCGCGACAAGUUCCUCUCCUACAAGGACCUCAAGAAGCGCCUCAAACUCAUCGGCGGCACCGACGGCGAUGAGCGCCAGGCCAAGCGGGCCCGCGUCUCGGAGGAUGGCGACGAGGCCGCGGCGGCCGCCCCGGAGAUGACGCCGGAGGAGGCGGAGUUCAUGCGCCUCCUGGAGGCGGAGCUCGACAAGUUCAAUUCCUUCUUCGUCGAGAAGGAGGAGGAGUACAUCAUCCGCCAGAAGGAGCUGCAGGACAGGGUGGCGAGGGCGGCCGGGAUGGACUCCAGGGAGGAGCUGCUGCGCGUGCACAAGGAGAUCGUCGACUUCCACGGCGAGAUGGUGCUGCUCGAGAACUACAGCGCCCUCAACUACACCGGACUGGUCAAGAUUCUCAAGAAGUAUGACAAGAGAACUGGGGCUCUGAUCCGUCUCCCCUUCAUUCAGAAUGUGCUGCUUCAGCCUUUCUUCACCACUGACCUCCUGUACCAGCUUGUGAAGGAGUGCGAGGCCAUGCUCGACCAGCUCCUACCAUCGAACAAGCCAUCUGUAUCAAAUGAAGAUGGAAAAGAAGAUAUCAACACUGAGGACAAGCCUCUGAACCCCAGUUCCUCCUUGGGUACCAGCGGAUGCAUUCCAGAGCUUGAUGAGAUUGAGUUCAUGGAGAGCAUGUACAUGAAGAGCACCGUUGCGGCGCUUAGAUCUCUGAAAGAGAUUCGGAGCAAAAGCUCAACAGUCAGUGCGUUCUCGCUGCCACCUCUUCAGGCCAACAAUGCAGCAGAAGAGCAGGAAAGGUGGAAGAAGAUAUCUGUGAUCGAGCAGGCUGCCAAAUGACAUGACCGCCACUUGGUAUAUGACACCUAUUACUCAUUCCGACCAUAAUCUUGACGAUCGCUGCUGAAGAAAGAACUGGGAUCUGACUCCCUGUUUCAUAUUCUGUAAUUUGUAAAAUUCGAGGAUUCCUAACGGCUGUAAAAUGGUGGAGAUGUACAAUACACAUUGGUAAAUCAUAUAACGCCAUCAUAACUGUCAGAGUCGAUAUACAUGGUUUUGAUUACUACUGUGAAUUCAAUCAUGUACUUUUGCUGUUA